AUGGUUCGUGGACGUCCACUUGAAAAAUCAUUACGUGCACUUAUUGUAAAGAAGUAUUGCCAAGGUAAAAAAAUUCGGGAAAUUAGUGAAGAACUGAAUUUAGCAAAGUUCACUGUAGCGGAUAUAAUCUCACAUUAUCGCGAAACUGGUGGACUAGACGUUAAAGGAAAAAGUUCGGGAAGACCGAAAUUAGUUUCAGAAAGAAGUCAAAGGCUCCUUGUAAAACUUUGUAAAAAAAAUCGAAGAAACACAUUGCGGGACAUAACAGCACAAUGGACGGAUGAAAUGGGGCAUAAGCUGUCACGAGAAUGUUGUAGGAAAUGGAUUCACAAGUCAGGAUUAAGUUUUUAUAAGGCCAAAGAAAAACCUUUAAUAACGGCAAAUCAAAAGAAAAAUAGGUACAACUGGGCAAAGUCUAAGCUGGCAUGGACCAUGGAAGAUUGA